CCCGCCAGAGGCGAUAAAAGCCCCAAGACAUCUCCGAAGUAGAUCAGUUUAGUUCAGAAUUCGCAAACGAUCCGAAAGAAACCCCGCCCCCAAGCGAAAGACCCUCUAUCCAAGCCAGAGAUCCCCCAAGAUCGUAUAUCUAAUGCUCGUCUGGAACGAUAAACAGGAUACCAACUUUACAUUCAUUUGAGCAGAGUGCUCCAAUUGCCAGGAAUCGGAAUCGGAGAUACCUACGUAGAAUCGAAAUAUUAGCAAUCCUACUUUGUUUUUUUUUCGGUUCCUUUUUUUUUUUGGUUUUUCUUUUUUGUUUCGGGAAGAAAGGAAAAGGCCGGCCUGGUGAUAAUGCCCAGCAGUGUUGCCAACGAGAAUCAGUUCCGAUUCCAGAGCAGUCGCAGCAGUCGGGCCAGCUGCCCCAGUGUCCCCGGGAGUCCCAGUGACCCCGAGUCCCAGGUGGUGACCCCGAACUGCGAUGUGGUGGACCAGGCGCUGGCCGAGCUGCAGCUGCAGUCGCAGGAGGUCCACCUAAUGGCCUCCACCAGCAGCAGCAGCAAAGGCCGCGGACGCGGACGCUCCGGUUGGCAGAUCAAGGCCUCCAAGUUGUCCCUCAACACGCACAAUCGCAUCCGGAACAUCGUCGAGUCGCUGAAGAUCAAGCCGAAUCCGGAGAAGCCCAUGAUACCGCUGUCCAUCGGUGAUCCAACUACCUUUGGCAACCUGAAGGCUGCCGACGAGACAAUGAAGGCGGUGUUGCAUUCCCUGGAGAGCGGCAAGUUCAACGGAUAUGCUCACACCCAGGGUCACGAGGUCGCCCGGAAGGCGGUGGCCAAGUACAGUGCCCAUCAGCGGAACGACGAGGAGAUCGAUCCGAACGACGUGGUGCUCUGCAGCGGCUGCUCCUCGGCGCUGGAGUACUGCAUCCUGGCGCUGGCUGACCGCGGCCAGAAUGUCCUGGUGCCUCGGCCCGGCUUCUGUUUGUACCACACCCUCGCCGAGGGACUGGACAUCGAGGUGCGCUACUAUGAUCUCCUGCCCGACCAGCAGUGGCGCGCCGAUCUCGUCCAGCUGGAGAGCCUGAUCGAUGAGAAUACCGCCGCCCUGUUGAUCAACAACCCGAGCAAUCCAUGCGGCAGUGUCUUCGAUGAGAAGCACCUGCGCCAGCUAAUUGACAUCUGUGAGCGCCACUAUCUGCCCAUCAUCGCCGAUGAGAUCUACGAGCACUUUGUGUUCCCCGGCUCCAAACACUUGGCUGUGAGCAGCCUGACCACAGAGGUUCCAGUUCUUUCCUGCGGCGGUUUGACCAAGCGAUUCCUCGUUCCCGGCUGGCGAAUGGGAUGGAUUAUUGUGCACGACCGCAAGCAGCGUUUGACCAAUGCCAUCGGUGGCCUGAAGAACAUGUGUGGUCGCAUCCUGGGCUCGAACACCAUCAUCCAGGGUGCACUGCCCGAGAUCCUGACCAAAACACCGCAGUCUUACUUUGACGGUGUAAUUGAAGUGCUCCACUCGAAUGCCACAUUGGCCUACAAGAUGCUGAAGCAGGUGCGUGGCCUUAACCCCGUGAUGCCCAACGGGGCGAUGUACAUGAUGAUCGGCGUGUGCAUCGAGCGCUUCCCGGCCUUCAAGGACGACACGCACUUCGUCCAGGAGCUGGUCAACGAGCAGAGCGUCUUCUGUCUGCCAGGCAGUUGCUUCGAGUAUCCAGGAUACGUAAGGAUAGUGCUCACCGUGCCAGGUGCGAUGAUCGAGGAGGCUUGCGCCAGGAUGGCCGAGUUCUGUGAGCGGCACUUCAAGAAGGACACUUCGCGCGCCUUCAUCGAGCACGGACUGCUGAAUGACGAGGAUCUCGCCUUUUGAUUUGAGCUGGGAGCAAAACAUUUAUUAGACAUUCUAGACUACAAUUUUUAUCAAGUGUACAUAUAUGUAUGUAUAUAAUAUAUAAUAUAUAUAUAUCAAUCAUUAA